GAGUGCAUCAGGAGGAUCCAGCUAAAUUAGUCUGGGCUGCAUGCAGCUGGAGUAUACACUAGUCCCUUGUGGUUCCAGCCUUCUAAAUCUAUGUAACAUUUAUUAAAAGAAAAUGAAAGCAUGAAAACUGCAGAAGAUGUUUGAGUAUUAACAACUAACACUGGUGGUGUUGCUCUCUCCACUUGUACUGUUUUCCUCCCCUUUCCUGGUGCUUUGACCUCUGAUUUCUCAUGUGUUCCCUUAGCAUUAGAGGUUUGCGUUUUUGCAGUUGAUUCUAGGGCAGAUGUUUGCAGCCAGGGGGACUCCACGGUGAGCCAGUGCCCCACUGCUCAACCUCUCAAGUCCUCCUCAGCACACCCUGUACCCCACACCCCAGAGCUCUGCUCUCCUACCAGCCUGCACUGCCCACUGCAGCCUCACUACGGCAGUGCCCAAAUCCCUCCUCCUGCCCGGAGUCACGACUUGCUGCUGCUCUCUGCGUCAGCCCAGGGUUGUAUUGUGCCAAGACAGGAGUCCCAAGAAAUUCAGCACUGGGAAGUGCAGUUUGUGGUGAAAGAGAAGUGGGUGAGUGUUCAGAGCAGUCAAAUGAGAAAAGAAAGGCCCAAAUGAUGAGUAUAGUUCAUUCAAGACUUUGCCUCACCUUGUCUUUCUUUGGCUGGUGAAUAAAAUUGUGGAGAGGAAAGGGAGUCAGGGUGUGUGCAAAAUCCCACGGUGGGCAGCUGGGGAAGAGGGCGCUCAGAGCAUCUCCCUGCAUCUGGUGGAAGUGAUUAGAGGAAGGGGUGCAUCAGAAAGGACAGGAGACUGGUUAUUUUCAUCUUUCCAAACUUUUGCACUAUUGAAUCUCCCCUGCCACCUCUGCUGGGAGAAAAGGCAGGUGUGUGCCACAGGUGCUUGCUGUAAGUUGCCUUGGCAGCUGGGAGAGAGCAGAGGGGGACACGCACACAUUUAUUUUGCCGGGAAACAGCUCUAGAGGCACUCGAGUGCAAGCACUGGAAACACUGCAGCCGUUCUGUCUCGAGUUAGGUACAAUAUGUGGAGAUGUGGAAAACAUCUCCGAGGCAGCACACUCCCCCUUCUUGCAGUACACAGACAGCUGUGUGCGAGAAUCACUUGCAUUUGCUCCUGACCAGGGAAAAGCUCAGUGUGUCGAGCAACGUGAGUCCAAAGGAAUGUAACCUGUUCCUUUGUGUUUGGAUUUACUGACCAAGCACGGAGCUGAUUUGUCUCCUGGGGACUGGAGAAGCACAUGAGUAAAUGCACUUUUCUCCCCUGGUGGGAAGCUGGUUUGAUGCCUUAUUACCGUAAUUACCAAAUCCAUCAGUCAUUGCAGGCUGUCUUCAAGACUUCAUCCUCUUUCACCCUCUGCUCAGAAAGGAGAGCCAGCUUAUUUUGACAAUGCUCACAGGAAAGUGUUUGGCAUUUGUUUAUUCUGCACUGUAUCUCUGGUCAUUCUUGUUCCUCUCACUCUUUAAAGUCUCUCAGCAGGGGGAAAGCCAGAGACGCUUGUACAGAGAUCUACUGAGGAACUACAAUCGUCUGGAACGACCUGUAGUGAAUGACUCCCAACCACUUGUAGUGGAACUCCAGCUUUCCUUGCUGCAGAUAAUUGACGUGGAUGAGAAGAAUCAGGUGUUGAUCACCAAUGCUUGGCUGCAGAUGUCCUGGGUUGAUGCUUACUUAUCUUGGGAUCAGUAUGAAUACCCAGGAGUGCAGAACUUGCGAUUUCCUGCCGACCAGAUUUGGGUACCAGACAUUCUUCUGUAUAACAGUGCAGAUGAAAGAUUUGAUGCAACAUUUCACACAAAUGUGCUGGUGAACUACUCUGGAUCCUGCCAAUAUAUUCCUCCAGGCAUUUUGAAAAGCACAUGUUACAUUGAUGUCCGCUGGUUUCCCUUUGAUGUGCAGAAGUGUGAUUUGAAGUUUGGCUCCUGGACUCACAGUGGCUGGUUGAUUGACCUGCAGAUGCUCGAGGCUGAUAUUUCCAACUACAUCUCAAAUGGAGAAUGGGAUUUAGUGGGUGUCCCAGGGAAGAGGAAUGAGAUGUAUUAUGAAUGCUGCAAAGAACCUUACCCAGAUGUGACAUACACCAUCACCAUGCGUCGACGCACCCUCUAUUAUGGCUUGAACUUACUCAUUCCCUGUGUUCUCAUAUCUGGCUUAGCACUGCUUGUAUUCCUUUUGCCAGCUGAUUCUGGGGAGAAGAUUUCUUUAGGUAUCACUGUCCUUCUUUCCUUGACUGUAUUCAUGCUGCUUGUGGCUGAGAUCAUGCCUGCAACCUCUGACUCUGUCCCACUAAUAGCUCAGUAUUUUGCUAGCAUCAUGGUCAUCGUUGGUCUGUCUGUGGUGGUAACAGUGCUGGUUCUGCAGUUUCAUCAUCAUGACCCCCAAGCAGGAAAGAUGCCCAAAUGGGUCCGUGUCAUCCUGCUGAAUUGGUGUGCUUGGUUUUUACGAAUGAAAAAACCUGGGGAAAAUAUAAAGCCCCUCUCUUGCAAGUAUAGCUAUUCCAAGCACCAGCUGAGCGUAAACAGCAUGGAGGUGAACGUCCUUCCUGGGCACCAGUCCAGCAAUGGCAACACCAUCUACAGCUACCACGCCAUGGAGAGCCCCUGCUGCCCACAGAAAAACGACCUGGGCAGCAAGGGCGGAAAGAUGACUUGCCCCUUAGCAGAAGAUAUUGAGCUCGUGCAAAAGAAAGCUUUAAUGGAUACUCUUCCAGUGAUUGUGAAGAUCCUGGAGGAAGUGCAGUUCAUAGCAAUGCGGUUCAGGAAGCAAGAUGAGGGUGAAGAGAUCUGCAGUGAGUGGAAGUUUGCAGCUGCUGUCAUAGACAGGUUAUGUCUGGUUGCAUUUACCCUUUUUGCCAUCAUUUGCACAUUUACAAUACUCAUGUCUGCUCCAAAUUUUAUAGAAGCUGUUUCAAAGGAUUUUGCAUAAUGUUGUCAAAGAUGAGCAUGAUAAUCAAAAAGUGAAUAUUGCCAGUAAUUUUACUAGAUAAUUUAACUCAAAUAGAGAAGUGUACUUAUAUGUGCUAACAUACACAGAAGGGGAUUAAAAUAAUUUCAGGACAUAAUUAUUCCUGAUGUUAGUGAUUGUAGUUACUGAAUAGUAAAUAUAUUGAACUCUGUUACUUAUGUCAUAGACUAGUGCCACAUGUACUUUUGUCAUGAUCUGUUAUAAGUGAUAGACAGGAAUUCAAAACAUUAGUAUACUAUAAUAUAUUUAUUACAAGUUAACACUAAUAGCAACGUAUUAUUUUGAAUUUGUGAACUUUUGGAUAUUGUUAAUUUAAAUUAUUAUUGAAAAUGAUAAGUUUUGCAUUGUUUUGUUGUUUUCAGUAUGUCUGUGUUUUAUAAUUAUUGUUUGGUGUGGCUGUGACAUGCACUUCUCAGAUUUGGAAGACAUAUCUCCAGUCUCAUGAUGCUGUAUAUUGUAUUUAUGAAAAUAAACCAUCAUCAUAUUAGCUCAAGCUAGCACAAUGACUGGAAUGUUUUCUUGGUAAAUUUGUUAAGAAUGUAUCUUCCCCAGAAAAUCAGUUCAGUUUUGUUCUUUUCUUUUAAUUAGGAAAUAUUAGUUGUGACAUUGGAAAGAAAAUUCUUUCUCCUUGCUGACAAUCGUAUAUAUAAUUUACAAUGCUUGCUUAACUUUUUCCGUCACCUUGAAAGUCUACUUAAUUUGAAAUAUCACUGCUCUCCUGGAAAGCAGUUGCCAAACUAAUACUGACUAAUUUUGUGCAAAUAGGGCAGAAUCUUGUGUCUCCGUAAUAUUUAGGAAACGGUCCACAGAUUUAAUUUGGUUCAGAUUUCCUAUCUAGUUUAUACCACCGAAGUAGUAUUUUUUGAAAAUUCUAUUAGUAAAUUCUAUUCUCCUUUCCACAUGGUCACUAGGUUUUGUUAAAAGGAGUGUAUAAAAGACUAAUUUUAUUUUGCUGAACUUAAAUGUAUCAAUGUUCAUUAUCAAUUUUC